UUUCUCCAUGGGCAGGCAGCAGCAGCAGGAGAGGGGACAUGAGGGAGCCUGGCAGGUGGUGAGCAAGCUCAACAGCUGGGCAACAUCUGGCUGGUAUGUGCGCCCGGGGCUCGGCUUCCAGCAUCACCACGGGGGAAGGAGGUCGCCGCCCCCAUCCCACUGCUCCCUGGCCAGAGCCAGCAGCCAGCGCAGCAAGAGCAAAGGAGACUGCCUCUCAUCGCUCCCCGUCUCCUCCCGUCACCUCUGCUUCUUACCAACGCUGCGCUCCCAUCUCCACGCUGCCAUGUCCGGCCGCAGACGGACGCCGGGGCCCAAGAAGGCAGCUGCCAUCACCAAGCCCAGCUGCAUUACGGUGACGGUGAAGACUCUCAAGAAGAAGGAGCGGUUCGAAGUGGCCGAAAGCAGCACCAUCCAGGACUUCAAGGCUGAAAUCGCCCCGCGCUUCCAGGCUCCCGCUGAGCUCCUGGUGCUGAUCUUCGCCGGCAAGAUCCUGAAGGACCAGGACACGCUGAGCCAACACAGCGUUCACAGCGGAGCCAGCGUCCACCUGGUCAUCCGGGCGCAGAAGAGACCGCCGGACAGCCCCGCAGAAUAUCCCCAUGCUCCCACCAUUACCGGGCUGUUUGCAAAUGGCGGCGCUUCCAGCCUGCUGUCCCCGGGGGGUGCGACGGACCUGCCGCACCUGGGCCUGACCCAUGCACCAGAGCUGCAGAGUCAGCUGGAACAUGUGGUGGCCUCCAGCCAGGCGUUUGUGGCCCAAAUCAUGGAGAACCUCUUGUUUGAGAUCGUCCACACCGACCUGGAUUUGAACACCAUCAACAGCAGCCCCUUCCUGAUGGGUUUCCUCAUUGGGGUGACGGGCUUGAGCCUGCUGGGCCUGGACCCCAUGGAGGUGUCAGAACUCCUCAGUGAGGCCCAAGAUCAGGAUGCCUUCAUCUCUGACCUGGUGGGUGAGAUGGUGCAGAGCCCCCUCGCCAACCCCGACCUCGUCAGGGAGCUCCUGCUGGAAGACCAGCGGGUGCAGCAGCUGGCCGAGAGGACCCCCUUGAUCGGGCACCUCUUGAGCAGCCCCAGCUUCCUCCGGGAAAUACUCGAUGCUGCCAGCCACCCAGCCACGCUGCAGGAGAUGGUCCGCAGCAACGACCGAGCCCUGAGCAACCUCGAGAGCCUCCCGGGCGGCUACAGCACCUUGCAGCAGCUCUACCACGACGUGGAGGAGCCCAUGCUGGAGGCAGAGCAAGCGCCAUUUGAGAGCGACCCCUUUGCACCGCAGCAAGGACAGCCCCCCUCCGGCGGGGUCAGCGUGCCGGCCCGAACUGAGAACAGGCACCCUCUGCCAAACCCGUGGGAUCCCCAGUCCCUCCAGGCCGGUGAGGCUGGGAAUGGGGGUGAAAGCGAGCACACGGGGCAUAACUUGGUCGUGCUAAAUCUGGGCCCCGCAGCGGGUGCUGGGGUGCCCCGUGCCGGGGGCAUUCAGGGCAUGGUCCAGCAGCUCACGGACAACCAGGAGCUGAUGCAAAACCUGGGCAGCGCGCUGGCCAACCCCAACGGCCCUGCGCAAAGGAUGCUGAGAAGCGACCCGCUCUCCUGCACCGACGGGAGCCCUCGGCCUCUAGAAGAGAUGCAGCUGCUGCCCCAGCAGCUGGAGCACACCGAUAUCUCCGCCGUGCUGACGAACCCUCGAGCGGUGCCGGCUUUCUUGCAGGUUCUCUUAGGCUUGCAUACGCUCUUGGUGGAAGCGCCGGAUUUCAUCCAAGGCCUGGGCCAGCGAGGCAUGGAGCCGCAACAAGAGUCCAUGGACAGCUCCACCCGCAGCAGCAUGUCUGAGGAAGACGUCAGCUUCAGCUCGGAAAGGGAUGAAAGCGACAGCCCGGAGAGUAUGGAUGAGCAGACACCAGAGGUCAGGUUCGAGCACCAGAUGGCCCAGCUCAGCACUAUGGGCUUCCAGGACCACGAGGCCAAUUUGCAGGCCCUGAUUGAUACGGAAGGAGAAAUCGAUGCCGCGAUUGAGAUGCUAACAAAGCCCCAGCCACCCAGCAAGAUAUUGUAACACGUUCCUUUUGCCUGUCAUAAUGCUGCGCGCUAAAAGCAGGGCAGUGCGUACCAUGA